AUGAAGGUUUUUAGUUUAAUUCUGGUUUUUGUCAAUUUCACUUUCUCACAAAUUUAUAAUUGCGAAGAAAAGUUCAGUGCAGGUAAAAAAUGUGGAACUACUGAUAACAGCACAGUCAAGGUUUGAAAAAUCUUUCGAAUUCAGUGUGAUUGAAUCAACCAUUUUCAGUAUUAUUUCGACAACGAACUUUCAUUUUGUUAUCCUUAUAAAUAUCUUGGAUGUGAAGAAAGUGUGAACUCUUUUGAAAGUGAACAAAGCUGUCUAGAAUUCUGCAAACCUGGUGAGUUUAGAAAUAUAUUUUUUCAUUUUGAAACAUUAAUUUACAGCUGAUCAGGUGAAUUGUGGUGGUAACGUGAAACCUGAUGAUACCUGUAUGGGAAUUGAAGAUAAACAAUGUAAACCUGGAAAUGUUUGCAUAAAUGGUGGAAUGAUUGGUUUGUGUUGUAACGCAAAAAUUCAAGGUACGUGAGUAUUUUUUUUAAAGCUUGACGUUUCUGAAAAUUAUAGUAUUCAUAGCAUUUGUUUGUUAUUCCAUAUCCAAUUAUUUCAAAAUUCUUCUUUUCUCUAGAAAACCAUUAAAGCAUAAUGAUUAUUUUCAUCAACGUCAUUUUCGUAUAGUUUAUUCAAAGAAACUACUUUUUAGUAAUAUGCAGGUGAAAGAUGUUUUGAAAACAAGCCAAUUUCAAUAUAAAAAUAAUAUAUUUUUCGAAGUACGUAAGACAGAUGAAAAUCAUUUCCACAAAAAAUGUGAAAUCAUUUUUCAUACCAUGGUUUUUUAAAGCGUUUGAAAAUCUAUUUAAAUCAGCUGUUUAGUGAUUUGAAAUUGAUGUAUUCAAAAUAAAAAAAUACAGGUGGAAUAUUGAAUUUUGCAGUGAACUUGGAAAAUUCGCAAAAAAAAAACAAUAGAUUUAAUAUUCCUAGACCACAAUGAAAAAAAAACAAAAGAAUUUUGAAAAAGUCUCUGUGAAAAUUAUUUUGGUAUGCACUCUUAUUUUUCAAGAUUUUCCUCAAAAUUCAUAGAACCAAACAAUAAAAAGAAAAUCAAAUAAAGUCAUAUUGUCUUGAGAACUAAAUAAGUUCACACUAAGCUUCUUUACACUACGAUUAUCCAUCUUGACUGACUCAUCAUUCAAAUUUCAAUUUUUCAGAACAAUGGGACAGUGAACAUUCUCCAAAAUGUGUAAAAUCAACUGAAAAAAUCGUAGAAAUCAAAACUUGGUAUGGUUCUGCGCCUUUAAUUGGUCGAAAAUGUACACAUAAGUGAGUUUUGGAAGUGAACAUCUGAAAUAAAAUCUGAUUUUCUGACUAUGUACAUCAUUAUUUCAAAAAUAACCAAAAAUAUUUUCAGCUUCUGCCCAACUGGAUCAACAUGUGUACAGAAAAAAUGGACCGCACAUUGUUGCACGAAAAAAUAA